UUCAUUAAUAGGUGAAGUUAAUGGAACAAACCAUCUCUUGAGGCGUGACCCAUAGGAUGUGGAAAGCAAGCCAAUGAGAGAACGUCAUAGUGGCGAGUCACCAUCUGUGACGUUGCUUCUACUGGCUAUGACUCAAUAUCAACGCUUAAACAGUGAAAUUCACCUUCCACAAGCUCCAACAUUGGCGCUCAGAGACACUUGCGGGCAUAUAAUCGAAUCACAUCAUACGUAUUGGACAGGUGCUAAUCACAACUGACCGACUCAACUACACUAAUACACCAAAGUGGUAUAUGGGGUCCCUCAACAUUGGCCACCACUCCAUAGUAAACAAGGUGACCCCAGUAACCAAUUCAUUGUGUCGCCAACCAAUACAAACAGCUGACUGAGGUAUAGGGCCGAUCCCAACGGCUUCAUAUUCUCUGUUUACAUUAAUACUGGGAUACCUUUCAGCUGGAGAUAAUGGACCAGAUACCACCAUCACAAGGUGUUAGGUUUGUUACGUUUAACAUCAACGGGUUUCGGACAUUAUUCCACUACCAUCCAUGGACCAAGCUCAGGACACUGGGCGCGAUGUUCAGCUCGAUGCAGGCUGAUAUCAUCACUUUACAAGAGCUGAAGGUGGCUCCGAUGGACGUGGAUAACCGUUUGGGAAAGGUGCCAGGCUAUAACUGCUUUAUAACGGUACCGUUACAGAAGAAAGGCUACUCAGGGGUUGGUGUUUACGUUCGUUGUCCCCUAGAGGACGACCCACCACCUGUGAAGCUGGCGUUGACCGUGGUGAGAGCUGAAGAGGGAAUAACUGGGUCUCUGCUGUCGAAGGACACUAAGCAGAGGUACUCAGAGUUGCCAGCUUCCAUUGGUGGAUAUGUCAAUUUGGACGAUGACAUUGCAUCGAGGAUAGACAGCGAGGGAAGAUGUCUGAUAUUGGAAAUGGCAAAUAACACGGUUAUCAUUAGUGUCUAUUGCCCUGCUAAUUCUAUGGGCACAGAGGAAGGUGAGCAGUUCAGGGUUCAGUUCAUCGAGUGUCUAUUCCAAAGAGUGAGAAAUUUAGUUUCAAUGGGUAAGAACGUCGUACUGAUGGGUGAUAUAAACAUCUCAAAGGAUUUGAUAGAUAGUGCUGUUGCAAUUAGAGAUAUGACACAAGCCGGACUGGUAAGAAUCGCUGCAAAACAUGAGGACUUUGAAGAGGUUAAUAGAGAUGCGUGCCUGAAGUUUACCUCGUCAACUGUUCCAAGGUUGUUGUUGAAUGAGUUAUUGAUGGACUCGAUGUCAUCCGGUACAUUCCCAGAUCAGUCCAAUGGUGUACUAAUCGAUACCGUCCGUCGUGUACAAGGACGUAAAAAGGGAUUAUACACUGUUUGGAACACGUUAACUAAUUCAAGACCCGGUAACUUUGGAUCUAGAAUUGACUAUAUCCUUGUCAAUGAAAAAUUGGCAAUGCAAACAAAGAAUGCUGGGAUUUGGCCCUUUUUAAUGGGGUCAGAUCACUGUCCAGUGUUUACAGACUUUAACGUCGAGACUGUUGAUUCUGAGUUCAUUGGGUUAGAGGGGUUGAAAUUACCAAGGCUAGAGGCGAGAUUUGCUUUCAAUCUAUCAAGGGGGGAUAUUGGAAAGUUCUUUACAAAGAAAGAAACACCAUCACCGAGUUCUACACAUUCUUCGCAGAUAUUAACAAAGUCCAAAGUUGUGAAACCCGCAAACAUGAGCAAGAGCAAGGGCAUCAACAGGAAUCGCUCUAAUAUCAUGAGUUUUUUCAAACCAGUGAGCCAUGAUUCAGACUUGUGUAGCGUCGUAUCUGCUGUUCCAGAAUCCAAUGGUGAGAUUUCUUCUAAGAAAGUACUGGAGAAUGGUAAGUUUAAGCUCAGCGGCGAUAUACCAAAGUGCAAACAUAACGAAGAGUGUGUAUUAAAGACCGCAAUGACCAGUGAGAACAAAGGACGCAAGUUUUGGACAUGCUGUAAACCUCGAGGUGAGGUUAAGGAUCCAGAUGAUGAGUCCAAAUUCGACUGUGGGUUUUUCCAAUGGAAAUGAAAAAGAUGAACUCAUAGAUUCGUUUCAGAUGUACAACUGUUAUACUUGAUUGAUGCCAAUGUCCCUUCAAACCCCAAGAUAUCGAGAUUGGCAACAUAGGUUGUAAUUGAAGUUGAAAACACCUGUAUAUCCUCAUUUUGUAACCUAACCAUUGCCCUAUUGUCCAUUGUCUUUACAACCUCCACUGUUAUGGCAAGUCCAAACAGCCCAUGGUACUUUUGAAGAGCAGAUCUAAUAUAAGUCUGCCAUGUAACCUCAU